AUGGACUGCGACUGCGACGUGCCCAGCAGCUCGCUGCUGCUGCGCCAGGCUCGCCUGUCUGCUGCUGCUGCUCUCGACUUGAGCUGCAGCAGCAGCAGCACGGCUCCGGAGGCUGCUUCUUCGUUGCCGCAGGUGUACAGACACUCCGUUGCUGCUUCUGCUCUCCGCGAAAAACGCCGAAGAACAGCAAAGUCCCCAGAGCCAGCAGCAGCAGCAGCAGCAGCAGAAAGUCCCUCAGUGGCUCUUUGGGUCAAGAGGUGCCGCCUGUACAUCCGCAGCAGCAGCCUCGCCCCCUCUCGAGAUACAGAAAGCCCCAAACCCGCCGCUGCAUGCAGCGCAUGCAAUGCAUGCGCUGCAUGCACUGCAUACGCUGCAUGCAGUGCAUGCAGUGCAUGCAGUGCAUGCAAUGCAUGCGCUGCGUGCGCAGCCGGGGCCCCGAGGGAGGCGCCCAGCAGCGGGCACGCAGCCGCAGCCGCAGCAGCGGCACCAGCAGCAGAAGCAACAGCAGCAGCAGCAGCAGGUCUUCAGCGCGGCGCUGGGGACAGCAGCGCGGGGGCCCCAGUUUACUUUUCGGCUGCAGAGGUGCCGCAAGCAGCAACAGCAGCAGCAGCAGCAGCAGCUUCUUGCUGCUCCCCUUAUGCAGCAGCAAAUGAGUACCUUCUGCUUUGCCACAAUGAGCGGCUGCACAGACAAAGACUGCGGGCGCCAGCUGCUGCUGCUGCUGCUGCUGCUGCUGCUGGGGAGGGGCGUUUGGGCCCGCGAGAGCCCGCGGGUGCAGCAGCAGGUGCAGCAGCAGGUGUACGUACACAUGAACUGCUGGGGCCGCCCGGAGGAAGAAAAGACAGCGGGGUGGCUGUGGGGUGUAUAGACACCUCAGCUGGGGCGUGUGGGGUUUUGGGGGCGGCGGGGUGUCUAGAUGCCGCAGCGCCUGCUGCUGCAGCAGCUGCUGCAGCAGAUUACAGCAGCGCAAAUGCUUUUAUUAAAAAGCUGCAGUUCUCCUGA